UAAACCAGUUAGACACUUUAUUCUAGAGUCAUUCACUAAUCUAAAAAAAAGGGGUAAACCUUAUGAAUCUCUCAUUUCCUUUAGAUUAAUGGGUCGAAUCCCUCACUGCUUCUUCUUCUUCUUGUUGUUAUUAUCCAAACUCUUUUCUUUUUUGCCCUAGCUCUUUCGUGAUAGCCAAACUCCAUCAUUGAAGCGGAAAACUUUGAUGACCAUUAGGUAACUUUACACCGCAUAGUUUCUACAGAACAAGAGGUUUUCGGUUUUCUUCCCCUGAAGAAGAAGAUCCCACAUUGCCGAAACUCUGGAGCUCCUCAACUCCAAGCGAUACCAAAACCCUCCCUCCCUCUCUCGGUAGCCAUGGCGGUCUUGCGGCCAUGGAUCACUUCGUUCCCAAGCAAACCUUUCCUCCAUGGAUUCCGUCCCUUAUUAAAUCCCUCCAUUCUGAUUCACAACUCGAGAAAUCAUCCACGAACUUAACUCCUCCUGUUUCCCCUUUUUUUUUCAGUUUGACAAAGAUCAAACAGCAGUUGAAUAAGGGCGAACCCAGCUGGGAAUAAUGGCAAAAGGGAAGACGGGGUUUCCCGUUCUUCUUCUUGUUCAGCUGGUGGCAAUUGUAGCUCUGUCGAUGGCGGCGACUGCGGCGGGUUCUGGACAUGGCGGCGGAUGGAGUUUGAGGAAGGCCAUGUUCUCGAGGGGAGGAGAAUCUUCUUCAGCAGCUUCUUCUUCAAUGGGUUUCAAUCGAGUUGGUUCCUCUUCCUCUGUUGUGUUUCCCCUUCAUGGGAAUGUCUAUCCAAUUGGGUUCUAUAAUGUCACCGUGUACAUAGGCCAACCACCAAAGCCAUACUAUCUUGAUGUGGACACAGGAAGCGACCUCACUUGGCUCCAAUGUGAUGCUCCAUGCGUCCAAUGCAUCGAGGCACCUCAUCCAUAUUACAGACCCUCCAAUAACCUGGUCCCUUGUAAGGACCCAAUCUGUGCAUCCUUACAUCCACCUGGUCACAGAUGUAAAGAGAAUGAGCAGUGUGACUACGAGGUUGAGUAUGCAGAUGGUGGUUCAUCCCUCGGUGUCCUUGUCAAGGACAUGUUCCUUCUCAACUUCACGAAUGGGAAGUAUCAUAAUCCUCAUCUGGCACUUGGGUUCGUUUUACUUGCCUUUGUUUUGCUUCUGUUUUAUGCGAUCGACUCUUCUGCAAAAUCAUCAUCUAAGUAGAUGUCGAUGUUAGAUGCUAUACAGAUGUGGAUAUGAUCAACUUCCAGGGGGAUCAUAUCAUCCUAUAGAUGGAGUGCUCGGCCUAGGCAGUGGGAAAUCUGGAAUCCUGUCUCAGCUCAGCAGUUAUGGUCUGGUGAGGAAUGUAGUAGGCCAUUGUUUAAGCGCGAGAGGUGGAGGGUUUCUCUUCUUCGGUGAUGAUGUUUAUGACUCGUCUCGAGUAGCUUGGACACCAAUGUUGCGCCACGACUCGUGAGUAGAGCGAGCACCCAAAACGAUUACGAAUUUUCAAAGGCUUGCGCGUCCAGUGAAUUCAAACUUGCCUCUCACAUUUCUUCAUUUUGCUUGGCCCUUGUUGUCAGAAGGCACUACUCUCCCGGAUAUGCAGAACUUGUAUUUGGCGGGAAGGCAACUGGGGUGAAAAAUCUCCUCGUAGCAAUAGACAGCGGGAGCUCCUACACUUACUUCGGCUCCCAAGCAUAUCAAGUGUUGAUUCAGCUGUUGAUGAAGGAACUCUCUGGGAAGCCAUUGAGAGAAGACUGGGAUGACCGUACUCUUCCAGUGUGCUGGAGAGGGCAGAGACCAUUUAAGACCAUAAGAGAUGUGAGGAAGUACUUCAAGCCUCUGGCACUGACCUUCAAAGGCGGUUGGAGGUCCAGAACUACAUACGAAAUGCCCCCGGAAUCCUACCUCAUAAUCUCGUCCAAGGGAAAUGUUUGCCUGGGGAUCCUAAACGGGACCGAGGUGGGCUUGCAGGACCUGACGAUCAUUGGAGACGUCUCGAUGCAAGAUAGAAUGGUGAUCUAUGACAACGAGAAGCAAAUGAUUGGAUGGAGCGCUGCAGCCAAUUGCGAUCGACUUCCAAGCUCCUCCUCCAGCUACUGAGGAUGAAUGAUUUAAGGGGGAAUCAUAUUGAUCAUUUGCUUCACUGUAUAUGAUAAAAUUGAUAUGUCGAACAUUUCUACUACUGCUCAAUAAAAUUUCAUAUGCAUUAAUAACCAAAAAUAAUAAUAAUAAACGAGUGAAGGAAAUUAUGCAACCGUCUCGAUUUUCAUUCAUA